AUGGCUACCGAAAAAGACGAUACCUCCCCCGUAUUGGAUCGGGAAGUAGAUAAUGUCCCUCAGGACGAACAGCUUGUCCCUUUGUCCACAAUCUCAGCAAGUCUCCUGCAAAAUCAAGGGCUGCUUCACCUACUGACCAAAUCAAACCAGUGUGAUCGAUGCCGCCGCAGAAAGGUGCGCUGCGACCGGAGACACCCGUGUGCCUACUGUGUCCGCACCGAGAAUCUCUGCACGUAUCCGCCUAGGCACAAGCCCAAGGAAAGGCGACAACGUGUUUUUAUCUCGGAGAUAUAUGAGAAAAAGAUCGACGAUAUCGCGCAAAAACUCGCAGAGCUUAGCAAUACCUUGGGAGCUGGUCAAAACCCAACCCUACAUGUUGUACCCGCAGCUACCGCAUCGAAAAUCCCAUCCCAAUCAGCAUCGACUUCACGUCUCGCACCUGUAACCCAAGCAUCGUCUCCAUCACCCAGCAGUGGCGUUGGGAGCCAGCUUCUCACUCCAAGGUUGGAGCAUGAGGGAGAAUCUUCGCUCUCAGCUCAAGCCGCUUUUGCCAACGGAUUUCUCGAAGAUGCCAUCAUCAACAAGCCGAACGGCAUCGAUAUCGCUGCUGACAUGUCUUCUGUUCUGCAGUCUCUGAGGAAGGCUUUGGGGAGGGAUUCAAACCAACAGGAACUCGAUUACCUGUAUCCUCAUGCUAGAGUACUUGAAUCGGGACUUACAAUGCGCAAUCUUCCAAUGCCACCCGUUGACAAAGCUUUUGUCUGCCUCCGAAUGGCCAAAGAAAACCCCAGAGUUCGGUUCUUUUGGGACAACGAAGCUACCUCUUUCACUGACGUUUUUCUUAAGGUGUACUCUCCAGGAGAAGUUACUCAUGCUGACCUCAUCGCUGUCAAUGCGGGGCUCUAUUGGCUUUUUAGACAAUGCAAACAGAUCGCCACAGAUUCAUGCCAAAAGGCUGAUCUCGAGGCGCAAGCAGUCAUGUGCCGGGACAAUCUCGAGACCGUACUCGCUAAUCUGCCUUUCCAUCAACCUUCCAAUAUCGGGACGGUCGCUUCAAUGAUGUUAGCUAGCAUAUACUGCCUUGAAACAUGCAAGCCAUCUGCGGCAUGGGACUUUAUCGCAACCGCAUCACACUUGAGCCAGACGCUAGGCAUGCAUAGCAAGAUUGCAAUGGCCCGCGAUCCUCCGGACAUCAGGAUGGGUAAGAUCAGAAUAUUCUGGUUAGUUUACGUACAAGAGAAGGGUCUAUCUCUCCGUCUUGGCCGUUCAUCAACUAUCCAUGACGGCGAUAUCACUAUUUCGGUUCCCGGUCUAGAGUCGAGACCGGACAUAGGCUACUUUGGUCAACUAGACAAGAUGAAAGAAUUAGCCUAUUUACAAGGCAAGAUUUACGACCAACUCUACAGUUCUGCUGCUUUGGCACAGCCUCAAAAUGUUAGAACCACGAGGGCGAGAAGUCUCGCAUCAGAGCUUGAAAACCACAUGAAUAGAAUGCUGCCUAGCGAUAAACUAUACCAAGAUGCGAUGCGCCAGGCUACUAGUACCGAGUUUGUUAAGGCUUUCCUCUGCACCACCAAGGUGCUUCACUUAUCCCUCUUUUGCCUCAUUUACAGAGCCAUACCUGCCGAGACGAAUCAGGGUACUGCACUUGGAAGAGAGUGCAUUGAUAGUGCUCACAAGGCCUUAGAAGCACACAAGGAAUGGCAGUCUGUAGUGGCUGAGCUAAAGGAUGACUUCCUAGAGACUUAUGUCAACUUGGCUCUCAUACACUCACCCUUCAUUCCGUUUAUCGUCGUAUUCUGUCACAUUAUCGAGACUGGCGACAAGAACGGCCUGGAUCUGCUCGAAAGUGUCAUCAAGACAUUACAGCCUGUCACAGACUCUGCUUUCUCAUCUGGAGCGAAGAAAGAGUUUCAUCUAUUUAAAGCUUUGUACGAUGCCGCUCGAAACUAUCUUGAAGCUAGAUUGAGCAAGGUGAGUAUCGGCUUUGGCUCGUGGGAAAAUGCAUCUUCCUCUGCACACGUGCCAUCACCAGCUCAUCAACAGCCUGCCCUGCUUACGCCAAUCUUCAACUUGCGAAACUCACAAACCUCCGUAAGCGCAUCGUUAGAAGGGACAGCUGAAUGGAUGGAUCAGCAGAUGGAGGUGCCUGGUAGCAUGGAUACUGAUAUCGACAAGUAUGGCGCACAGCUUGGAAAUUGGCUGCACAUGAAUAAUCAGAUGACGAGGGCUUUAGAAGAUAGCUACUUUUGGGAUGAUCUGGCAUGAAAGAAAUAUAAAAGCUG